CUGUUUCCCCGAUCGGUGCAGGAACUCUACGCAUACGGAUUAUCGAACAUCGUCAGUUCGUUCUUCCAAACCUAUCCGGCUGCCGCUAGUUUAUCCCGAUCCGCUGUUCAAGUCUCGGCCGGGGGCAGAACGCAAGUUGCCACUCUCUUCUCUUCCGUACUGCUGAUUCUCGUGCUCUUUUUCAUCGGUCCCCUGUUCUAUCAUGUGCCUAAUUGCUGUUUGUCGGCCAUCAUCGUGGUCGCUUUGAAAGGCAUGUUUAUUCAUGCGGUCGAUUUGAAGUAUUUGUGGAAGUACUCUAUUUGGGAUUUUACAGUCUGGUUGUUAACCUUCUUUUGCACGAUGAUUUUUGACCUCAAAUACGGUCUGCUAACGGGUAUCGCAUUCUCCGCGCUGACGGUAAUUCUUCGAACCCAAGCACCACCAACGCGUAUCUUGGGUCAGGUGGACGGAACAGAAUUGUAUCGAGACGUACGCGGAGCGGGGGGAAAGUGUGUACAGCCCAGUAUCAUCAAAGUAAUUCGUUACGAGGGAAGCAUUUACUACACGUGCGCAGAACAUUUUCGUCUGAGUGUAUACCAGCGCGUCGGAUUAGACCCGUUGUAUGUGUUCAACCGAAUCAAGAAGCUGCAGGCUCGACUACGCCACGUGGAAAAAGCGCUGGGUUUGGAAUCAUCCGAAUUUUUUUCGGCCAGAAAAGUCACAACCGGGGCGAGUCCAAACAGACCAACGCCCGACGCGAAAGACACAGACACAAUCAAGCAUGUUGUGGUAUCGGCCGACGGUGAUCAGUCUAAACAUAGUUUGGGUGCAUUUUAUACAUCUGUCGUCCCAGUCCCGACGGAAGAAGGGACAAAUAAAACCUUUUCGAAGCUCGAACGAAGGCGCACCAAGCUAAUUCGGAAUCUCGCCCGAUUGGAGGAGAAAUGCCACUUGCAAUUUGUGGUGCUAGAUUGUUCUUGCUGGUCUUUUGUGGACUAUAUGGGCGCAGAUGAACUGAAUCAAUUGGUGAAAGAAUUCCGUCAACUUGAUAUUCACGUUCUACUGGCCCAACUGAAUGACAACAUAGUUCAAUCGCUUCACAGAAACGGCAAACUUCCCUCAGACACUGAACUGUUCCCAACCGUCCACGAUGCGGUUCUAUGGGCUGUCGGGCGUAUACAAACUGGACCAAACCAUCUGCACAAUGUACAUGACGUCGUCGACACAUAUAAUCGCCUGGUGAUGAAUCAAUUUGAAAAUCUGGACUGUAGUGCAGACGACGACGAGGAAGAUGACCAAGAGAACGGAGACAAUCAUCACGGUGGCGAUAUUGAAAACAACGAACACCACCCGGUUCGGGAAGAUAUGAUAACCCCAAAUCAGAUAGGAUACAAAUCAGCCCAACAUGAGCCCAACGAGCGCGAUAACGAUUCGCCUACGCCAGUCUAA